AUGUUUUUUUUCACUCAAUCCAAUGCCAAAAGAUGAACCAUGUUUAUUUAUUUUGUGUCAUUUGCGUUUCUUUUAAACCCAAAGAAAGGCAGAUUGAAACCUUUGCCUUUAUUGCCCUUCAAUGACCUUCAACCUCGACUCAUUUUCGGAAAUACACGGGGUCAAAGGUUGACCUGCACCGGCAGUUGAUUCCUGUCACUUCUGUCAUAAUUUUGUGGCCCCCCCGCUUGUGAUUUUGGCUUUGUCACUGUUGAGGAACCUCCGCAGAUGACGUCAGCAUAAAGGCUCGUGUUUAUCAUGUACCAUAAAAAUGUCAGUGCUGCCUGCUGCAGGACAGUGGGAUUCAUGUUUUGAGUUUAUAUUCGUUGUAGAACAAAUCAAUAUUUAAAAAAAAAUCUGUGCGUGUAUAAAUGCAAUGUUUGUGCAAGUGAAAUAGUUGGAAAGCGAGUUUGCCACGUGAGCUCAUUUGCAUUUUUAUAGAACCGAGCUGCAGCAAGAAGCAAGUCGCACCUUUCAUGGUUAUUAAUGAGUUGAAUGAUUGUGCAGCACAGGCCUCAAACGUGUUGCAUUAAAUACUUUCCGUAUUUUGUUCCGUAAAAAAAACAAAACAAAAAAAACAAACACGAGUGUAGAAAACACUGAGCUCGCGGUUUGUACAACUUUCCACGUUUUGAAAAUCUGGAAUUCCAAUCAGAAGUUGACGGUAAUCAUCCUGGACGCACGGUGCCUUUUUCUUUCUUUCUUUCGUUCUUUUUCUUUUUUUGUGUGUGUUUUUGGAGGGGGGAGAGCGGGGGGUCGUGGGUAAUAUUUCCAGAGGAAUUAAAAACCAACUCAGACGUGGGACUGCAAUUGUCUUGUGUUUUGCUGCAGUCGUAAUCAAUCAGCGGACUUUGCAGGUGAUGAACGUUUUUCUUCUUGUGCACUGCCGGUUUAUCUUGGUGGGCCAAGAAAAGCGCCCCGAGCAAUAUUUGGGAGUAUUGCUGGCACUUUUCAAAGCAUUUUCUCUGCUCGAUUUGAAAAGGGUGUCGUGCAGCGAGCGCCCGCGUUGUGCAGACCGCCCCAACCCUUUUUUUUUUUUAAACAGACCCCAGUGGCUGUCAAUCACGGCGCAUUCCAGCCAAUCCCAAAGCUCCCAUUUAAAAAAGCCGCUCUGCCUGCUGUGCUUUUAUAUUUUGCGCCGUGGCCUGUUUGCGGGGGCACUUUUACUACCACGGUUAUUGGCACAAAUCAAGAGGGCAAAAGAAAAGUGAGGCGGGAUGGGACUCGCGGCAACUAUGAGCACUCCGGUGCGUCUUUCCGCAGCGAAGUUCACGGCCAACAAUUUCACAUGCAGAUGAUCAAAAGGCAAUUUGGGAGCAGAUAUUUUGAAAGCUGCUGUCCCGCGUUGUGUGUUUGUUUAUUUGGGAGUUUUUUUUCCUUUCCUCCAAAAGGAAAAAAAAAUCUCCCCAAUUCGCCGCAUGCAAACUUUGCACCCAAACAUGACAAGCCUGGCUCGGUUCAGCGGCUGCCCUCUCAACCCCGGGGAGAGGAGCGGCGAACCCAGCGUGGCGCUGCCACCUUUGGCAGGGGAGCACACGGGACUCCCCACUGGCACUUCCUUAAAACUCUGCCCCUCGCACUCUUCGCGAGACUACCCCGAGGCGAAGUCCAGCGCUUACGCUGACCACUCGCUCCCCCGCUUUGCCGAGCCGGGCUACUUAGAGCACAGCGGCCCCAGGGGCUUCCUCCUCGGAGGCGGCAUGCCACCGGGCACCGACCAGCUGGCAUCGUCACGGGGGAACCAGCAUGGCGGGAUGACGCGCUACCGCGACUUGGCCGGCUGCAGGGACGCCAGAGCCGGCGCCUUUUUUGCAUGCGGCUUCCAGGAGCAGGCCUCCGGAAGCGAGCCCGGACAGAUGAUGCUGAGUCUACCUGGGGACCUUCUCACCCGUGGACACCCGUACGGGGGCGCCGUGACUCCCAAGGGGGGCGGCCGGCAGCUCGUCACGCAGCUGCUGGGGCUCUACAAGCCCUUCGCGCACCGCGCCGGAGGCGGAGGCGACGAGCUCCUCAGGUGCGCCAAAGUCAAGAGCGAGCUGGUGUGCGAGUGGAGCUCGUCGGACGGGCCCGGCGGCAAGGCGGCGCCGUGCUCCAGAGCCUUCGGGACCAUGUACGAGCUGGUCAGCCAUGUGACCGUGGAGCACGUCGGCGGAGCGGAGCAGGCCGAGUACGUGUGCCAGUGGGAGAGGUGCGCCCGCGACGGGAAGCCCUUCAAAGCCAAAUACAAGCUGGUCAACCACGUCAGGGUCCACACCGGGGAGAAGCCCUUCCCGUGCCCCUUCCACGGCUGCGAGAAGUUCUUCGCCAGAUCGGAAAACCUCAAAAUCCACAAGAGGACGCACACAGGUGAAAAGCCUUUCAAAUGCGAAUUCGACGGCUGCAACCGGCGGUUCGCCAACAGCAGUGACCGCAAGAAACACUCGCACGUCCACUCCAGCGACAAGCCGUACACGUGUAAAGUGAGGGGCUGCGACAAGUGCUACACGCACCCGAGCUCCCUGCGCAAGCACAUGAAGCUGCACUGCAGCGGGGACGCUCGGAGCGGUGCCAACGCCGCUUCUGGUUCGGCUGGUUCCGCCGACUCGCAUCCGGGCGAUCCCGGCUCCGAGUCCCCGCUGCUCAGCCCCAUCCAGGACGUGACCUCCUUGUCCCCGGGGAGUCCGGACGACUCGAGGUCACGUCUCCCCCUCGGCUUCGACAACAGGUCGCAGCCCCUGCUGGACGCGCUGCUGCUCCAGAGAGGCUCCUACAGCGCCGGUAGCUGCGGAGGCGGUCCCAGGGCCCAGUCCGCCCAGUACCACUGCAGCCAGACCGGCCACACUUUCCAGCACCAGAGCGCCUCGUGCAGGACUUUCCCAUCAGCCCCGCACUUCCAGAAAGGCUUCAUCAACGGGUGGUAUACGUGUCACAGUGGCGUGGACUCCUAACCGUUUGUCUGACGAGCAGCGGACAUUUCAUUAGGUACACCUGCAGAAUUCAAUUUCAUACAUUGGUAAACUGUCUCUAGCGCAUAUAUAUAUAUAUAUAUAUAUAUAUAUAUAUAUAUAUAUAUAUAUAUGUG